CACUGCAGAGACAACUUUCCAUUAUUUUGACAACCAAUCAAAAUCUUGAAAGUUUGGUUAAAAUGUAUUGAUUUUGGGAUGUUUGACUUUUUCCUCACAAUGAUAACGUUUAUUUGAAUUUCUCAACUGUUUUCUGUAAACCACGUGUUACCUAGUUCAUGUCCUUCUUUGUACUUAUGCACUUUGGGGAAGAACAAGAUUGCUACAUAGUGAAAAGGGGAUGGAAGGGCAGACAGGCAUAUAAAAAGAGGUGCUGUAGAGUUCUGUUGCACACAGUCAACAGAGCAAGGUGAGGAUGAGGAGGGCUCUUCAACUGCUGCUGGCCACUCUGGCCUUGGUGUCUCUCAUUGAUGCCGGACCACUGAACCUGAUGUCUGCUCCAAACCUGCUGCGAGUGGGAACAGCAGAAAACAUCUUUGUGGAAUGUCAGGACUGUACAGGGGUGGACCAAGUUGUCACAAUUUCUGUAAAAAACCAUCCAACAAAGACUAAAACAUUGGCAACCACACAAGUAACCCUCACCAAUGCUAAAAACUUCCAAGACUUUGGACAGAUCACUAUCCCUCCUGGAGACUUCAGCAAGGAUCCUACUGCAAAACAGUAUGUAUACUUGGAAGCUGCGUUCCCAGGCCGAACACUGGAGAAGGUUGUCAUGGUGUCUUUCCAGUCUGGGUACAUUUUUAUCCAAACCGACAAAACGCUGUACACCCCCAACAGCAAAGUGUAUUACAGAAUGUUUGGUUUGACCCCUCGCAUGGAGCCAGUAGAGAGAGUUAAUGAUGCCCAGACUGACACCUCCAUCUCCAUAGAGAUUGUGACCCCUGAAGGGAUCGUCCUACCAUUGGAGCCCGUCUCUCUGAAGUCAGGCAUGCAUUCUGGUGACUACCAGCUGAAUGAGAUUGUCAGUCCUGGACUUUGGAAAAUUGUGGUAAAGUUCCAGAGCAACCCACAGGAGAGCUUCUCUGCAAAUUUUGAGGUCAAAGAAUAUGUGCUCCCCAGCUUUGAGGUUAAGCUCUCUUCCCUGAGACCUUUCUUCUACGUAGACAGUGAGACUUUGGAAAUUAACAUUAAAGCCAGGUAUCUCUUUGGUCAAGAAGUGAAUGGGAAUGCCUAUGUAGUGUUUGGUAUCAUCGACCAAGGCCAGAAGAAGAGCUUUCCUGACUCUCUAUCUCGAGUGCCGAUUGAGAAUGGAGAAGGAAAUGUUGUGUUGAAGAGGGAACACAUCACAAAAACCUUUCCAGAUAUCAAUCAGCUUGUGGGCUCCUCCAUCUUUGUUUCUGUUAGCGUGCUGACAGACAGUGGCAGUGAGAUGGUGGAGGCAGAGCUCAGAGGCAUCCAAGUCGUCACAUCUCCUUACACCAUCACAUUUAAAAAAACUCCAAAAUAUUUUAAACCUGGAAUGUCCUUUGAUGUGGCGGUCGAAGUUUUAAAUCCAGAUGAAAGUCCAGCAGAAAACAUCCCAGUGGUUGUAACACCUGGUCCUGUAAGAGGCUUUACUGCAGCCAACGGCAUGGCGAGGCUGACCAUCAAUACAGCAACACAGGAUGAUGGACAACAAAUCAUUGCAAAGACUGAUGAUCCAAACAUUUCACCUGAAAGACAAGCUGAAGCCACAAUGGAAGCAAAGCAAUACAUUACCAACAGCAAGACUUACAUCCAUAUUGGUGUAGAUGCGUCUGAAGUCAAAUUAGGUGAUAACCUGAAGAUCAACCUAAAUCUUAACAAGCAGCCAAGUGGAAGCAAAGACAUCACUUAUCUGAUCACAAGCAGAGGUCAACUGGUGAAAUUUGGACGCCAUAAAACAAUAGGCCAAGUGUUGAUCUCCCUCAUAGUUCCCAUUACCCAAGAGAUGCUGCCAUCUUUCCGGAUCGUUGCCUUCUACCAUCCCACCGAUAAUGAAGUGGUGUCAGACUCCGUUUGGGUGGAUGUUAAAGAUUCAUGCAUGGGCUCACUGACAUUGGAGCAAGCAAGACCAGCGGCUUCCUACGAGCCCCGCUGGAUGUUCAGUUUAAAGGUCUCUGGAGAUCCAGGUGCCACUGUGGGACUGGUGGCUGUAGACAAAGGUGUUUACGUCCUAAACAGCAAACACCGGCUCACACAGAAAAAAAUUUGGGAUGAAGUGGAGAAGUAUGACACUGGCUGCACUCCUGGUGGAGGGAAGAAUGGCUUGGGUGUGUUCUUUGAUGCUGGGCUGUUAUUUGAGUCCAGUACUGCAUCAGGAACAGCUUACAGACAAGAAGUAAAAUGUGCAGCACCGUCCAGGAGAAAGCGCGCCUCGACCAUCAUGGAUGUCAGAACCACAUUAUUGAGUCAGUAUAAGGAAGAUCUACAGCGGGAUUGUUGUUUGGACGGCAUGAAGGACUCCCCAGUUUCAUACACAUGUGAGCGUCGCUCUGAGUACAUUCUGGAUGGUCAGGCUUGUGUCGAUGCCUUCCUCACCUGCUGCAAAGAAAUGGAAAAGCAACAGCUUGAAAAGAAAGAGGAGAGCCUGCAACUAGCCCGCAGUGAAAGUGAUGAUAGCUACAUGGACAGCAAUGAAAUCGUUACUCGCAGCAAUUUCCCGGAAAGUUGGCUGUGGAACGACAUUAUCCUGCCAGGAUGCCCCAAAAAUACACCCAACUGUGAAUCCACUUCACUCACUAAAAACGUUCCUCUGCAAGAUUCCAUUACAACCUGGGAGUUCACUGGAAUCAGUCUGUCAAGGACACAUGGCAUCUGUGUGGGAGAGCCACUGGAGGUGAUUGUCCGCAAAGACUUCUUCAUAGACCUCCGGCUGCCAUACUCAGCUGUCCGGGGAGAACAGCUGGAAGUAAAAGCCAUUCUGCACAACUACAGGCCACAAAUCAUAACCGUUCGUAUAGAACUAGUUGAGGAAAAGGACGUGUGCAGCGCAGCUUCUAAACGUGGAAAAUAUCGACAGGAGGUAAAAGUUGGGGCGAUGAGCACAAGAUCUGUUCCGUUCAUCAUUAUUCCCAUGAAGGAGGGGACUCUUCCAAUUCACGUCAAAGCUGCCGUGAAAGAUUCAUCCCUGAGUGAUGGAGUGGAGAAAAACCUGCGAGUGGUUCCUCCAGGAGUUUUAGUUAAAGCUGCAGAAACUGUGACCUUAGAUCCAGCUAAUAAGGGGAAAGGCGGUGAACAAGUGGAGAUUCUGAACAGCAACAUUCCUAAAAGUAAUUUGAUUCCAAACUCACCUACAAGCACUCAGAUCUCAGUGACAGGCCGAGAACAAGUUUCUGGGCUGGUGGAGAAUGCCAUCAGUGGAAAGUCGAUGGGUACUCUGAUUUAUCAACCCUCUGGCUGUGGAGAGCAGAACAUGAUCCACAUGACCCUGCCUGUCAUUGCAACUACGUAUCUGGACAAAACCAACCAAUGGGAAGCUGUGGGCUUUCAGAAACGGGCUGAGGCCCUCCAGCACAUUAAAACUGGUUACACAAACGAGCUAGCAUACCUAAAAAGUGAUGGCUCUUUUGCUGUAUGGGCUAACCAUGGAAGCAGCACCUGGUUAACAGCUUAUGUUGUCAAAGUGUUUUCCUUGGCCAACAACCUGGUAGCCAUCAAAAAGGAGCAUAUUUGUGAUGCUGUGAAGUUCCUGAUCCUCAAAGCUCAGCAGCCUGAUGGCUUGUUCACAGAAGUUGGAAAAAUGUAUCAUGGAGAGAUGAUUGGUGAUGUUCGCGGCUCUGACUCUGAUGCCUCCAUGACAGCAUUCUGCCUCAUUGCCAUGCAGGAGUCACGCACACUCUGCGGAGCCACGGUCAAUACUCUACCAAGCAGCAUUGACAAUGCAGUUGCCUACCUGGAGAAACGACUGCCCAGCCUUACAAAUCCUUACGCUGUUGCCAUGACAUCAUAUGCUCUGGCAAAUGAGGGAAAACUAAACCGCGAGAUUCUCUACAAGUUCAUUUCUCCAGCGUUGUCCCACUGGCCUGUUCCUGGAAAGCACCUCUUUACCCUUGAAGCCACAGCUUAUGCUCUACUGGCUUUGGUCAAGACCAAGUCUUUUGAAGAUGCCAGACCUGUUGUGAGAUGGUUCAACCAGCAGCAGUUUGUUGGUGGGGGCUACGGAUCCACCCAGGCUACAAUAAUUGUGUACCAAGCUGUAGCAGAAUACUGGACCAACGCUCAAGAACCAGAGUAUGAUCUAAAAGUGGAUAUCUUGUUGCCAGGCAGAUCAAAACCUGAUAAAUAUGAAUUCAACCGUGACAACAGCUAUGCUACAAGAACCUCUAAAAUCAAAGAGAUAAACAAAGAUGUAAAAGUGAAAGCCACUGGAUCAGGAGAAGCUGUUGUCAAAAUGGUGUCUUUGUACUAUGCUCAACCUCAAGAAAAGGAAAGUGACUGCCAAAAGUUUGACGUAUCAGUACAGCUGCUUCCAGAUAAGAAUAUUGGGGAUGAAAAGGUCUACAAACUCCGGAUAGAGGUUUUAUACAAGGACAGCGAACGUGAUGCCACCAUGUCCAUCUUAGACAUCGGUUUGCUGACAGGCUUCACUCCCAACCUGGAAGACCUAAAAGCUCUGUCUGGAGGGCGUGCUCCGAUCAUUAGCAAAUAUGAAAUGAACACAGCUCUUUCAGAACGAGGCUCCCUCAUCAUCUACCUGGAUAAGGUUUCUCACACCAGACCAGAGGAGAUCAGUUUCAGGCUCCAGCAGACCAUGGAGGUGGGCGUUCUUCAGCCAGCAGCAGUGUCUGUCUAUGAAUAUUAUGAGCAAACACCUUGUGUUAAGUUUUACCAUCCAGAGAGGGAGGCAGGACAGCUGAUGCAGCUCUGCCAAGACAAUGUGUGCACAUGUGCAGAAGAGAACUGCAGCAUGCAGAAGAAGGGUCAAAUCAACAAUGAUGAGCGAACAACUAAAAUCUGUGAGAGCACAGAGACCAGUAAAAUUGAGUAUGCAUACAAAGUUCUGGUGGAAGAUGUUGAGCAUCAAUCGUCUAUUGACAUCUAUGCCAUGCGGGUGCAGGAUUCCAUCAAAGAAGGAAGUACGGAUGUUAACCCCAUGGAAAAACUGCGACCAUUCCUCAGUUAUCCCCAUUGCAGAAAGGCUUUGAAUCUGGUGAAAGGCAAAACGUAUCUGAUCAUGGGAUCAUCCAGAGACAUCCACAGAGAUGAAAAACAGCAAACAUAUCAGUACGUCCUUGGAGAGAGAACUUGGAUUGAGUAUUGGCCAACAGCUGAGGAAUGUCAAGUGGAUGAACACAGAGACACAUGUCUGGGCUUAGAUGAGAUGCUGGAACAGUACAGGGUGUUUGCAUGUCAAGCAUAAAAAGAGAGAAGACUUCCUUUGUGUGUGUUUUUUCUCUUAAACAGUGUUUGCAGAAUAAAAUGUACCAACCUAAUCA